AUGGCGUCUCCUUCACCGAGAAAAGGCAAAUCACCUAAAACAACUAAAACACCUUCUAAAAAGGGAGCUACAUCUCAAUCAACGCCCCCGAAGGCAUCUCCCAGCAAGAAUUAUUCAGAAAUUCCCAAAAGAGUAAGAGACUGUUGUGCAAGUUGGCACGAUGUCGUCCUUAAAUGGUCAAAAUUGAACGAGUUGGGAACCACAGUGGCUAACAAAUUGGUGAAUUUUCGUCUUCAAAAAGAGUAAGUUUGAGGCUGUGACAGUCAGAUUUUUUCUCAGGGUUUUCCUAUUCCGCCAGUGGACUACAGUUUAUCAACAGACUAGUUAAAAAAAACAUUUUAGACUAAAAGUAAAAUUAUAAGUCUUAUUGGUAGGGAUAGUUUUCAGAGCAUUUCACGAAAUAGCUAACCUUUCUAUCUUCAAGUCUUACAGUCCAUAGUCUGCAUUUGCUUGACUGUCGGACUGUGAGGGGUUUUGUUUCGGGGCAGGAGCGAUGGGUUGGAGAGAUGGAGGCUUACAUGUAGCCUAUGGUCUAGCUUGCAAGCAAGCUCUCAGCGACGCUUUGGAGGUGGGGUGGAAAAAGAAGGAAGGAGAGCUUGCAACUACGUCUCUGGAAUUUGAAUAUCCGCAUAGAAAAAGUUGAUGCGAUAUGCUGAUUGGUGGAGAUGACAUUUGUAAUGACAUCAUUACUCUUGGCACGUGUUUUUCAAUGUUUGUUUACAUUGUGCUCGUUUCUGCUUUGCACUAAUUAGUGAAAAUAUGACAGCUCAGUCGACGAAGAACCACAGGGGAACUUGAAGUGGAAUUCAAAUUCCAGAGAUGUAGUUGCAAGCUUUUCUUCUUUUACCCGCCCCGCCGCAAGAAUGCCCCAGGGAGCUUGCUCGCCGACUACCUGGGGUCAGGUUAUACAUUCACGGCUUAGGUGAGAGAGUGGGUGAGAAAGUAUGAGCUUGCUUUGCUGCGUGUUUUCAUUUCACCUUGUAUCCAAUUGGAAGGCCUAAACAGAUAAAUUUAAAUGUGGGGUUCUGCUGGGGGGGGGAGUUAAUACAAGAUAAACUCUUUUAAGGUUCCCACCGCACACCAUUGUGAGCUUGCCCUCAUUGUAUUCUGCUGAAACCCUGGACACUUAAGUUAAUACAAGACCUAGCUCAGCUGCAUUUUGUUCUCCUAUACUGCCCUCCCCUGGGUGCAAGAGACUUUUCAUGCGCAGGUUCUGGCUUCAGUACUGAAGGUUCUCAGCACACAUCAUUCCAGCCACAGUUUGGGAAAAAUGAGCUUGCCCUCAUUCUCCUUCUCUUCGGAGAGGAUCAAAGAUGCAGACUCUGGAUAUGGUGGAUAUCGAGUCUAGUUAAGCUAGUUCUUCCAUGAUGACUAUGUGGCAUCUCUUUUGUUCUGUGCACAGUCUCUGUUAAAAUACCCUUUGUAUCUCCAUGUACAGAUAUAAUUCAGGUGAGGAUGCCACUAAUGUUGUCUCCAAUGAUCAAGACUCUAUAAAACUUCAAGAACAAAUUUCAAAGGCAUCUGAAGAACUUUCCAGAAUAUAUGGGUCUUUGGUAUGAAUAAAAAUAUUGUUGCUGUACUUACCAAAUAUAAUAGCAAUGUAGGGAACAUUGAUAGGGUAAUAGGGUUGUAUGUAGCCUGUGAACAGGCUUUUGGUUUGGAGAAAGGGUGAGAGCCUGUAGACAAACAUUUGGGACUGUCUUUUUUUUGCUUGGGCCUUCCAUUAUCGUUCUUUCAUCUCACAUGCACUCUCCAUCUAUCGUGACUCAAAAGAAAAAAGGACACUGCUCGAAGUGUAUCUUUCAGGUGAAGAAAUUAUAUUUUUUUGUAACAAAUUUGGCAAGGUACACAAGCACAAUGAUUGUUUCUAAUAGCCUGAGGAUUAACGUUUCUUUGAGAUGGACACAGGUUGUACUGUUCGUUUUUCAAUGCCCAUUUUGUUGUAUUACUUUUUUCUUAGGCCGAUUUACUCACAAAAAUGGAGUCUUUGGUACAGACCUUCAGUGCAAUAAAAAGCUUGCAGAUGUCAAAACAAAAUGGACAUGUUUCCUCUGACAAAAGUCAAAUAUUCAGCGUGUGGACAAUCGAGCAAUUCUGUGAGUAUUUCCUCUCACUUUUUUGGCUUCACACCUCAAAUUUUCUAAUCUGGAUGACUCCAUCCCAGUGAACCACUUUAAAACAGUCCAGGUAUUAAAUGAAUGCAUAGGUCAAAAACAACUUGACUAAAAAAAAGAAUCAGGGCUUGUUCCCGAACAAGCAGCUCUUACAUUUUGCUUGCUUGGGACCAUUGUUUUCUUGACGUAGUUAAUUAUUUCGUGAAAAGAUGACCUGCCUGGGCCCUUGCCGAUUGGACAGAUAAGGCCCGGUUCAGACACUGCUCCACUCAUGCUGAACCUUACUGAUGAAUUAAGUACAGCAAAAGAGCGAUGUCUGAAUCAAUUUGGUAUGGCAGUUUUAGUUUGGUACAGUAAAAGUGUUAAGUUUGACAGAGUCUGUUGAACUUUUGUCCAACUUAACUUGGGCAUGACCCCCAGUGCGCCGUCUGAAUCAGAUGUCACGCUAGUGUCACUCCAAAGUCAAACUUAUUCAAUUAGGUUUGGCAGAUGAAAAGUACGUCGUCUGAACCCGUCCGAAGCUUGGAAAGUUAGUUGCCCGGCAAGAAAAUCUACUAGUCCCAGACUACAGGACAGGAAUCUGCCAGUCUUAGGCCGAGGUUGUUCAAAGCUGGGUUAAGAUAACCCAGUGUUAGCAUGAGAUUUGAAUUCAGAUUUGAAAGCUUGAAAAGCCUUUCAGUUUUAAUUCUUUUUGUCUACAAAUUGAUGAUUGGAAGCUCUAAAAAUAACGGAGAAAAUUAUCCGAAAAAAUGGUUUUGAACAUAAGAAAAAGAAACCCAGGUUAAGCACUAAUUGGCCUUCGAACAACCGGGCCCUGGAGUACAGGACAGGACUCUUUAAGCCAUGUCAGAAAUGGCUAAUUACGUUGAUGUGAUGAUACUGUGUUUUUUUUUUCCAGGUGACGCAUCACAAAGACUUUUUGAUUCAUACUGUAAUGAACUCUCUCUUAAAGAGAAGCUGGUACCUGAGAUUACUCACUGUAGAAACAGAGAUAAGCUGAUGGUGUACCUCUCAUUAUGGCUACACGAACCACUGAUCCAAGAUGAUAACAACAUACUGUUAGAGAGCAUGUUAAUAGAAGCAGAGCUCAGAUAGCAAGACAUACUAUAUUUAAUGCUUUUAAUGCAGUAAAGAAAUUUGAAACUAAAAUACUUAUAUGAAAGCUUGGACAAUUAUUUGGAAGUAGUAAAACUAGCCUGAGGAAACAGCUUACAACACCACUGGUCUCCCCACAAAAUGAUGUUGGGGAAAUGAGUGUA